AUGACCAUUGAAAUCUGGACGAGGUACAAACAAUGGGCAGAUGAUCAGGAGACGAAUAUAUUAGACUGGGCCGAUCCAUCGGGACAAUACAAGCUCUCGCCCAUGCAAAACCUGCCUGGCGCUGACUUUGCCACUGCCUUUGCUAUCUGCGUCAUUUACGUCUCUUUCGUCGUCAUUGGCACAAUUGUAAUGAAAGCAGGUGUCCCAGCUAUUAAGACCAGUCCCCUGCAGUUUAUCUACAAUCCGUUGCAGGUUGUGCUGUGCUCGUACAUGUGCAUGGAAGCCGGUAUCCUCGCCUACCGCAACGGUUACUCAGUUACACCAUGUAAUUCGUUUAGUGCGGAGAAGCCUGUUAUGGGUAAUGUGUUGUACAUGUUCUAUCUAUCGAAGAUCUUGGACUUUUGUGACACGAUCUUUAUCAUCCUCGGCAAGAAGUGGAAACAGCUUUCCUUUUUGCAUGUGUACCACCACUUGACGAUUUUUGCGAUUUACUAUAUGAACUUUCGCGUGGCCUAUGACGGCGACAUCUACGCCACAAUCAUCUUGAAUGGUUUCAUUCACACUAUCAUGUACAUGUACUACUUCGUUAGUGCACACACACGUGACAUUUGGUGGAAGAAAUAUCUGACUGCCAUGCAGUUGAUCCAGUUUGUCACGAUGAACGUGCAGGGCUACUUCAUGGUAUCGCGGUCGUGCGAUAAUUUCCCCCACAAGGUGCCAGUCAUUUAUCUCGUCUAUAUCCAGUCGCUCUUUUGGUUGUUCAUGAACUUUUUCAUCAAGUCGUACUGCGCGAAGCCGCGCAAGUUGUCCAACAGAAAGAAGACGCAAUAG